GAGAUGAUCAAAGGGAUAUUUCACUCUCAUCAAGUUAAAAACAAAGAAAUUGAAAACCUUCACAUGGAUCUUCUUAGUUUUACAUUAACUCUCAUUCCAUGCUAUUAUGUUUUACUAUUUUUAAGUUAAAUACAGAGUUUGGAAUGUGUGAGAAAAAAUACUUUUUCUUCAACCUUGUUAAACAUAUAUAAUGUGAGCAGCUACUAAAAAACCUGAUACAGUGAAUAAAUUGGCAAAUCUUAAUCAGAGUGGACCUGACUGAGCCUUGUUUAGAUCCCUGCUAUAUUACUUGUACAAGUCAAUACAACAACCAAUUCUAUAUGAAGAAAUUUGCAACAAAUUUAGGACCAUUUUUUUUGUUGUAAAUAUCAUUAGUUCACCUUUGUAUGAACCCAGAAUAUUCGAAGUGUAUAUAUUUUGCUCAGAUAAAACACUAAGAAAUAAUGGCUGUCUCUCAAUCAAAGUGGAUAAAUAGAGACAGAAUAUUGCACUUGUUUUCAUCUGUUUUCUCUUGUACCCAAGAUCAAAAUAAGCUCAAACAUGAGUCUCACGAGGUCGAAAAAAAUCUUCAGAGAGACAAUAAGGUGUCCAGGGAUGAGAACAAGGCUCUUAGAAAAGAAAACAAAUCCCUCUGGGGAGAAAAUAAAGCUCUUCGACGAGAAAACAAAGCCUUCCGAAUGGACCAGUUGAUCCCGGAGGUAAAUCAGUCCUUGAGAGAGCAAAACGAGGUCCUAUGGAAGUUUAAAAAUGUGAUCUUAGAGAGCCAAAAUCCAGCAGGGGAAAAAAUCAAUGCUUUGAACACAGAAAGAAAGUUUUAUUGGCAACAGAAUCGAGGCCUAAAAGCUCAGAUCAAGGCUCUCAGAGAACAGGAGAAGGCCUUUCAGACUGAGGCAAAAGCUCUUCAGGAAGAAAUAAGGUCUCUCCAUGAGGAGAUAAAAGCCUUGAAACACCAGGAGAGAGCAAUCAAGAUGGAGGAACAAGCCCUGAUGAAAGAAGGAAUAGCAAUAGAGAUGGAAGAAAAAGCUCUGUGGGAGGAGGCACAGGCUCUUCGUGAGGAGAACAUGGCUCUUAGAGAAGAAAACCGAGCUCUUCAAGAGGAGGAAAAAGCCCUUCUGGAAGAGGCAAAGGUCCUUGAGGAGUGGAAUAAGAUUCUUCAGUUCACACUUGCUGGAAAAAAGCACAAGAAUAAAACAAAGCAAAAGAAUUGAUUUGAAGAUGUAACCAGCGAACCAAGAAGGCCAUUGACAUUCCAGUAAAAACAAUUAAAACUUUUGAAGGUGAAAUACUAUUGUUGGGAUUGAAGUCAAAAGCCUGGAAAUUUACAGUACUCAGUAUCUGGUCCUGGAAACUAAAUAAAGUUCUGAAAAGUUAAAAAAAAAAAAAAGGAAAUGAUUCUUUUGGG